AAACUAGCCAGAAUUCACAUUCACUCUUCAAAAAUAUUUACAGAAAAUGGGAUGUGGAAAAUCAAAACAUGAUGUAGCAACUGGGAACACAAUCGCCAGGAAGAAAUCAAAUGUUGGUGAUCAAUCGAAGAAGACCAAGGACAUUGAAACCGUCCUGGAAAAUGGAACCAAAAAUAACGAAAUUACAAAGUCGUCAUUGGUGCAACAACAAGAAGGGGAUAAUAAUCAAAAUGUCAAUAGUCAUAAUGUUGGUGGAGACAAUCCUGUGGCAGAGGUAAGGGAUAUAGCCGAAAACAAGGCAUUAAACGAAGGAGAUCAUAAGGAGAAACAGGGUGGUGUUGUUGACCAAGAAAAGCAUGAACCUGACGAAAGAUUGAUAUCUGAAGAAUCACCAAACCAUUAUUUUUCUUCAAGAAAAGAAGAGGAAGCUGUUGAUGGAAUUGUUUCUGAGCAAAAGUCUGAUUAUGACUCUCCGCGCCUUGAAGCCGUCAAGGAGAGAUUGUUCAAUGACAAUGAGAGAGUUGACAAUGCAGUCGAAGCCACAAGUUUGGAUGAACAAAAACAAGGAGAAACCAAAACUGCAGUUGUGAAGGAAGAAAACUCAGCCAAGGAAGCAGAAGUUUCAACUCCUACUACUGAUAGUGUAGAGAAGAAUCAGAAUGCUGAAAAGGAACAAUCGGUUGCUUCACCAACCAAGGAUUUGAAAACUGUCUAAUCUGAAG